GUCGUGUCGUAUGCGUAUCGUAGUUUUUUUUAUAAACCCGUUUUCUUUGUAAGUAAUUGUAAGUUUUGUGAAGUUGUAAAUAGUUAAGCGAAUAUCGCACACGUUUAAAUUUGAUUUCGUCCACAUGAGUUCGUAAGCGUAUGAACUUCAUACAUCAAAGCACUCGUUAGUUUUAUGACGCGCGCAUUAUUACUCGUACAGAGUUAUAAUUUUUCAAGUGGAGUGAAUUAGUCGCUAUUAAUUUAUAAAGCACAUGCGUCUUCCGAGUAUAGUGUUCAUUUAAUUGGCAGUUAGUUGUGUAGUUAUUGAAAAUGGUUGAGGCUAGUAAACUGUGGUUUGAGACUGCCUGCAGUAGUUGUAAGUGCCAUGAGCUGAUACAUCCAUGGACAUAUCGGUGUUCGGAUGCCACUAGAACCAUGCUGAUCAGCUGCACUAAAGGCAGCUAUAAAUUCUAUGCCAUGAUCUACCUUGUACAAAUAUUAAUGAGAGGAAAAAAGCUAGGUAAAAAGGAAAUGAUAGAACAAUUCAAGUUAUAUUUAAAAUCUGGUGUAUUUGGUCUCACAGUGGGAAGCUCAUUUGUUACAUUAAACUGUAUAUUCAGGAGACUUUUCUUCAGUGAGUUCUCGUACUACACAACAGUGCUGCUACCAUGCACAGUCAGUGGACUCGCCAUAUACUUCGAGCCCCCAUACAGAAGAGUACUGGUUGUCAACCUAUUUGUAAACCUGGUAUUCGAAUACUGGGUGCGGACAUUAGAAAUGAAAGGUUGGCUCCGGCGGUCUCCGGGCAAAGAGACGCUCAUUUUCAUGCUGGGUAGUGCAGUCUUCUUCUAUCUUAUGCGGUUAGACAGAAACAGCGAGAAACGCACGCCUUUGUUUUGGUUCUUCACACCUCCUCGGGUUUCCAAAGAAGUUGGUGAGCCUGUAAUGGGAAUCGAAGGUAGAAGUCCUGCGUGUCCCCAUAAAGGACCAUGCAUACAUUAUAUUUUAAAGGGCACAGCACAAUUAUUCGGCGUUGGAUGUGCAAUGACGAUGCUGCGAACUAUUUUACCCAAGAUAUUAACACCGGGCAAAGCUUUGAAAUCGUUGAGGCUAUCGCAUAUGAAGUUAGGAGUUUUCUUCGGCGGAUAUAUUGGUAUUUAUAGGCUAGUAGUAUGUCUUCUGUGUCGUGCUCACGGACGAGACAGCGCAAUGUACGCGUUACCGGCGGGCUUCCUCUCCGGACUGGCGUUUAGAGCAGCACCCUCCACACCCAUCUCGUUGGCGCCUGUCACUUCAUCGUUACAGAUCCUAGGUUCCUGGGCGUACCAAAAAGGCAUGCUCCCCGCGGACUGGCCGCUGGUGGAACUCCUGUACUGUGUGUGCCAAGGCCUGUUGUUCCAUGCGCGAGUGAUGCAUGAAGACGUGUGUCCACGAUACAUCAUUAAUCUGAUGCAUACUGUUACUAGUUCCAAGGCCGACGAAAUCCAGUCAGGAUUUAUACAGAAAAUACUGAAAUUCAUUUGAAUUUAGAUAAUUGAUUAUUAUAUUAUUAUUUAUGUAACAUUUUGUGACAGGCAUACUUUACGAAAGGCUAGAAAUUACUGGAAUUUAUUAUAAGGAAUGAUACUAAUGAUUAUACAAACUCGAAUAUUUGAAAAAUCUGUGCUUAAUAUUAAGUUGAAUUAAAAUUUAUUAAUCGAAGAGUAAGUCAAUGCAAUACUCGAUUAACUAAAAAAGUUCAAUGAAUUGAGUAAGUCAAAAUAUUUCUUUGGCCCCAGUUUCUUCGAAUGUGAAAUACUUUCGUUACCUACAUUUAUAGGCGCAAGUCUGUGAUUUAUUUUAAACGGAUGUUUCGCGGUACAGGGUUUAUUUUAAAAUGGGUAAAGGUUCAUUAAAGGGUUGGUUUUUAAAUAUUAAAAAAUAGCUGGACAUAAUGAUACCAUAUCCUUUAAUACUACAGACAAAUUAAUGAUUAAUCAAUUACUUUACUGAAUAUAAAAAUAGGUAUGUAGCUGCAUUUACAAACUGCGCUAGUAUCAACUCGUAUAAAGGUUAAAAGGGGUAUAAUGGUAAUUAAUUUUCCAUAUACAAUAAGUGAGCACAGUAUUUAAAGUAGAAUGUUGAUGGUAGAGGUCCAUAAUUUCAAUAUAAGAAAAGCAAUGUAUGCGCAAUAUUUGCGCAAUGUACAUUGAAACAUCGGAUUUACCGUCGAAUAUGUGUUAAUAUACUCGUUUUUUUUAAAAAUAAUUACUGGCGUGCUUGGAAAAUACAAUUUAAUCUUAAUGAGGCAUGAAAUGAAAAAAGUAAUGAGUGUAAUCGUUAUCGAAUAUAUCGAUACUUUAAGGAUAUUAGACAUUAAAUACUCGGCGAAUAUUUACUUAUUAUGAAUACAAAUAAUAUUUUAAAAUAUGAAAUUAGGUAGUUUGAAAUACUAAUCUAACCAGAUUUUAAUCUUUUUUUUUCAUUCUCACACUUUAUCCAAAGUUAUGUAGGCUAAUUUGCAAGAGUACGCUCUUGAGAGCUCUGAAAUCAGAACAAACAACUUUUAUACGGAGUCGCGUUCCGAAGCUAAAUUGAACCUUAAAGUGAGUGCAUUAAGACGUUUAGUCGCGUAACUAGAGUAGUGCUUACAAUCAGUGCCUGGGUGAUAAUAAUAGUAAUCACUAGGAAAUGUUACAUUAACAUCGAAUAUUAGUAAGUUUAAGGAUAUUUAUUUACUUUUACACUUGUGAGAAUUAUUUUAAUUUUGAUUUAUUAUGAAUUCAUCCACUACAUUGUUCAUGGUCAAAAGAAAUAAGUCAUCGACAAUCGAUGAUUCAUAUUUCACAUCCCUAAGGUGACACAAUAAUUUUCACAAGUGUAAAAGAAAUUAUAAUUAGGCACAAAUUAUCAUAGUUACCUAUAGAAUUCUUUUAUUGUAAUAUCACUUAGAUACAAUUUAUUAUUUAUUACAUUAGAUUUGUAGAAAGUUUAUUCAAUUAUUAUUUAUAGAUAUUAUGCUGUGGUCGUAUUUUGACUGCGUACGAUAAUUUCGGUGCAGGUUGCAUUUAAUUCAAGAGUUCAAACAUAAAAUAAUUUAUGGUUUAAGGAAAAAAAUAUAAAUCAUACGUAAAUAUGUUAGUUUUUGUAAAACCUAAGCAUAGUAUUGCCUAAAAUAUAAUCACCGAUGUACGUGCCCCGAUGGUGUGGUACCUUCGGUUUAUGAGGUGGCACACGACUCUGUACUUUAUGCAAUGGAGAUAGGUUCAAUUUUCAAAUGUUAUCUUGUAAGCAGGGGUACAAUAUAAUGCUUAGUUAGUAGGUACAUUAAUGAAAUCACACUUUAAAAUAGUCUUCCCGAUUUUGUAUUUGUGUGGUGGGUUGAUUUUAUUUAUUCCUAUUAUGUGACUUACAUGAUGAUAUUAAAUAUUGUUUUUUUGAUAAAUGUAUGUUUGAUUUGCAUCAUAAACCUUGUAUCUCUGAAAGAAAUUUAUUAAGAAAAGAGUAAACAAAUGUCCUAUUUUGAAUAAAACAAAAGAUACGUUU